AUCAAGUACCUAGGCAUGCAGACUGCUUCUACAAACACUUGUGAAAGAACGGGUCUCUCUCAGGAGCUCAGUGAAUCCAAGCAUGGUACCAUGAUAGGUUGCCACCUGUGCAAUGAGUCCAUCCAUGAAAUUUCCUUGCUACUAAAUAUUCCACAUUCAACUGUUAGUGGUAUCAUAACAAAGUGGAAGCAACUGGGAAUAACAGCAUCUCAGCCACGAAGUGGUAGGGCACUUAAAAUGACAGCGGGGUCAGCACAUGCUGAAGAGCUCAGUGCUCAGAAGUCACCAACUGUCUGCAGAGUCAAUAGCUAAAGACCUCCAAAAUUUGUGUGGCCUGCAAAUUAGCACAACAGUGCGUAUAGAGCUUCAUGGAGUGGGUUUCCAUGGCUGAGCAGCUGCAUCCAAGCCUUACAUCACCAAGUGCAAUGCAAAGCGUCGGAUGCAGUGGUGUAAAACACGCCGCCACUGAACUAUAGAGCAGUACUUGCCUGACUGCAUUGUGCCAAAUGUAAAGUUU